GGCUUUUUCAGGAAGCCUUAAAUUAAAAAUAUUUACUUAAUUGCAGGAGAAGAAUAUAUUUAAUUCGGAGAGCUUUCGAAGAAAAAAAUAAAACAACAUGUGCAAGUGUCUCGCCGGAAACGUAGCCUGCUGUUGCUUCAACUGCGCUCUGAGUGUGCUUAUUUCAAUCAUAAGCGCAUUUUUGGUAGUCAUCAUUGUGGUCGGCUUGGCUGUCUACUUCAUUUACUACUACGAGAAGGAGGACGAUGUGACUAAGUUCGCAAAUCAAGGAAUCGAUAGCGUAAAGUCAGGAUUUGACACAAUCAAGGAUAAGCUCAAAUUAUAAAACUAACCUUGAUACGUUCGCAUCAAUAACUGUUCCAAGCUUUGCAUAAUUCCAUCGAACCAGAUUAAUUGCCACCAAUUUACACAAACAUACACCGCCGGAGCCUUUUUGAGGAGGAUUGUUAACAUUUUUGAGUAGCAGUACAAAUAAAUAUUACAAAACCCUCUAAAUAUUAUUGUGAAUCUCCAUCAAACAGAAAGUUUCUUCGCAUAACAAUUUUACUAUAAAGUAUUUAUGCUGUUUAAGUACGGAAAAACUUAUAUAAAAAUAAAGAUGUUUUAAAAUAAAAA